AUAGAUAGUUUUGCUGUAGUGCCAUUUAGGGCGUGUCCAGGGUUUACAGGUACAGGGUUGCGUAAACAUCUGGACACAAAAACGCUUGAUAGAAUGACUGAAGUAAGCGUGAAAUAAUGCACGUGAAAUGCAUUUUAAUCAGGUAAAGGAGUGAGGAGACUGACCGAUCGUACGCAGUGACUAAACACUGUAACAGCUGUAGUGGUGGAUCAUUCUCAGAACAUCCGUGACACUGACAUAGUAGUGUGUGUGCUGAUACGAGUACAUCGACUACAGCAGUGUUGUUUUAAACAGUAUUCAUUUACAGCACUGUGUUUAAAGUCCCAGUACGUAACACCUGAUACACUCGUACCACACACACUACCACGUCAGUACCACCGCUGUCCUGAGAACGAUCCCGAUCCACUACAGAAAUAAGAUCUGAUCUGCGGUGGUCCUCUGGGGUACAUUUCUAAAAUAAUAAUGCUUAGCUAUUUUAACAUCCUCAUUAAUAUUGAUCUGUGGUGUGCAUGUAGACCACAGGAAGUGUGUAUGGAUUGGUUUCUUGCAAUAAGAAAGCAUAACAAUGGAUGAAAUGGACAAGAAAUGAGUGUUUCUCUGACAUCCGUAUGUCCCCUCUAACCUACUCUGUAAUUGACAGGAGUCUGAAGUGAUUAGCAUUUAAUGUUUAACAGUGCUCUCUGUAAAACUAGGUGAUAGUGAUGUUGGAUGUAUUGAUUAACUCAUACAAAGUGCUGAACAUUAACUCUUCCUAUUCAGAAAGAACAGCAAGGCCGAGAAGACACAGAAGCUGAUAAAAAUCGGUUUAUUUUGUAACCGACUUCUGUUGAAGUGACUUUACAUGACCUAAAAGACAUACGUUUACUCUUUGUCCUGUGAUUAUCCGAGAAAUUACGCAGUUAAAUCUCAGUCACAUCAUCGGAUUCGAGCCAUAAGGCCAUCGUCCUUCUUAUCUUUUUCUCCCUUUAUCAUUACAGCGGGUCUAAUAAACCCUCUUUCACCUCAUGUUUUCUUUUUGCUGAGUGUAGGAAGCAGAAAUGUAUGCCAUAGGUUGUGUGUGUGUGUGUGUGUGUGAGAGAGAGAGAAACAGUUUAUAUCCCAUGCACCAUAUUUGAACAGAAUGAAAUGAACGCAAGCCAAUCUCGUGGAAAAUCCCCUUAGCCAAAAAUGAAAAUGUCUCCGAGUCCAGGGGUUUAAGACGUCUUUAAGAAAUCAGACUUUUAUCGGAGAAUCAGAAAAGCCGAGAUGUCUGCAGAUCAUCUGACGGUUUAGGUAAUGGGAAAAGACAGGGACAGCCUCUGACCCAGACUUCUGCUCUAGUUAAUCUUUUCGACUCGUAACUUCUCUGACGUAACUUGAAACACACACCGAGCCAAGAACACCUCUGCAGGAGAUUGAAAGCAUUUAGAAUUAUUCAGCCUGCAGCACAGAUCGCUUCUCCUCCCUGCGUGAGACAGGGACACACAGAGCCAAAGGAUGGGCAUUUCCCGUCAAAUGAGAAACGAACCGAAUGAGAAAGAGUGCGUUGAAGGACUGUCUUGCAGGAAGAGGCGAGAGAGUUCUGCUUUGAGGCCCGAGUCGUCUGUCAGCAUGAACUCGUUUCCUGAAGGUUCUUUGAUUCCAGACUACAGUGAACCAGAGCUUCCGCUCAGCCAUGGGAAGAAGUACCAGGCCAGCAUGAAGACCCUGAUUCCUGUCCGCUUCACCUCAAGCUCGAACCCUAUGGACGAUGCCGGAUUCUUCUCCUUCACCUCGUUCUCAUGGAUGACGCCCAUGAUGUGGAAGUUGUUCAGGAAUCGUCUGGACACAAGCUCUCUGAAUCUUUCUCCUCAUGAUGGAGCGCACAAAAAUGGAGAGAGGUUCUUAAGGAUGUGGGAGGACGAGGUGUCACGUGUGGGCAUCGAGAAAGCGUCCCUCGGCUCAGUAGUGAUGCGUUUCCAGAGGACUCGCUUUAUAGUGUCUUGCAUCGUUGCUGUUUUGUUUACAUUAUCUGUGUUUAUUGGACCGUCUAUUCUGGUGCACGAGAUCCUGACGUACGUGGAGAAGUCAGACGGAUCCGCGCUGGUGUACGGAGUUGGCCUGUGUGUGGCGCUGUUCAUCUCGGAGUUCAGUAAAGCUUUCUUCGCGUCGCUCCUCUGGGCCGUGAACCUGCGCACCGCCAUCCGAAUGAAAGGAGCCUUCAGCAUGCUCGCCUUCCAGAAAAUCAUCACGCUCCGAACACUCAGCGACGUCACUGUCGGAGAGAUGAUCAACAUAUUAACGAGUGACGGCUAUCGUAUAUUCGAGGCAGUGCUUUUUGGUACAUUUCUACUGUGUAUCCCCAUGUUGCUCAUCGUGUGUAUUAUUUAUUCAUGCUACAUCUUGGGCUACACUGCACUCAUAGGAAUCAUGACUUACCUCAUCUUUAUACCUAUCCAGUUCUUCAUCGGCCUGCUGAUCAGAGUGUUUCGGAAAAAGGCCAUCUCUGUGACAGACACGCGCGUUCGCACCAUGAACGAAGUCCUGACCUGCAUCAAACUCAUCAAGAUGUACGCAUGGGAGGAGUCUUUUGAAAAGAAAAUCACAGAUAUCCGGAAGCAAGAGAAGUUGCUUUUGGAGAAAGUGGGAUACACUCAGAGUGUGAACGCCUCCUUAACAGCUAUAGUUCCCUCUCUGGCCACGAUCCUGACCUUCAUCGCUCACACAUCACUCCGCCUAUCUCUGCAGCCCUCCACCGCGUUCACCAUCAUCGCUGUGUUCAACUCGAUGCGGAUGACGAUGGGUCUGCUGCCGUUCUCUGUAAAAGCACUGGCCGAAGCGAAAGUGUCUCUGACGCGAUUAAAGAGGAUCCUGAUGAUAAAGAAUCCCGACCCUUAUCUGAUCCAGAACAAAGACUUGAGUGCCGCUCUAGCGAUGGACAAAGCUUCGUUCUCAUGGAGUUCCUCUGCUCCAAACGGCCCUGAGAGCCCAGUGACCGUGGGCAACGGGGUGAAGAAGGGUAAAGCUGAGCCCGCGGAGGUCACUCGGAACGGCACACACACACAGAACACCAAACCGACACUAAGGAACAUCACGUUUACCCUUCCCAAGGGAAAUUUGCUUGGAGUUUGUGGCAACGUUGGAAGUGGAAAAACCUCGCUGAUAUCAAGCAUACUCGAGCAGAUGCAUCUCCAGAGUGGAUCAGUCUCGGCGAAUGGGACGUUCGCCUAUGUUUCCCAGCAAGCCUGGAUCUUUCAUGGAACUGUACGAGAUAAUAUUUUAAUGGGAGAACCUUUCGACCAAGCGAGGUAUAACCGUGCUAUCCACGCCUGCUCUCUGAAGCCAGAUCUGGCUAUUCUCCCGUACGGUGACCAGACAGAGAUCGGGGAGCGCGGUCUGAACUUAUCAGGUGGUCAGAAACAGAGAGUCAGCCUAGCAAGAGCGGUCUAUUCCAACCGAGACAUCUUCCUAUUGGACGACCCUUUGUCAGCAGUCGACGCCCACGUGGGCAAGCACAUCUUUGAAGAGUGCAUCAAAAAAGAGCUGAAGGGCAAGACCAUGAUCCUGGUCACACAUCAGCUUCAGUAUUUGGAGUUCUGUGAUGAAGUCUUGCUUUUAGAGAAUGGGAAGAUUAAGGAAGCUGGAACGCACAGAGCUCUGAUGAAAGCGAAGGGUCGAUACGCACAUCUCAUUAACAACUACCAGCUGGAACAGAGCAACGAGAAAAAGGAGGAAGCCCCAGUGAGCCCCUCUGAGUCCAGCGAGCACAGCAAACAAAGCAGAGAACGGUCCACAAGCGGCGGAAUUGUAAACGCAGCCUUCAACAUGUCUGAUGAGAGAGUUAAACCAGAUGACUCAGCACCCGACACUCAGGAAACAAAAGAGGGUAAAGACGAGCUCGUCAAAAAGGAGGUGUCUCAGGAAGGAUCCGUUACUUUCAGAACCUACGACCGAUACUGCCGUGCGGCUGGAGGUUACAUUCUGUUGUUUUUUGUCAUGAUAUUCUUUGUCCUGCUGGUGGGAACGACUGCCUUCGGCAACUGGUGGCUCAGUUACUGGCUAAGUCAAGGCUCUGGGAAUUCAUCAGAUCCCGACCCCGGUAACAUCUCCAAAAAUCCCGAUCUGGACUUCUAUCAGAUGAUAUACGGCUUGACAGUAGUGGCCAUGGUGGUGCUGAGCGCCCUGAAGGGUUACACUUUCACUAAAGUGACGCUGCACGCCUCGUCUAAACUCCACGACACCAUGUUCAGGAGGAUCCUGGCCAGUCCGAUGAGCUUCUUCGACACGACUCCUACCGGCCGUAUGGUGAAUCGAUUCAGCAAAGAUCAGGACGAGAUCGACGCCGUCCUGCCGUUCAACAUGGAGAACUUCCUGCAGUUCUGCCUCAUGGUCACCAGCACCGUCUUGACCGUGUGCAUCGUCUUUCCCUACCUCCUCAUCGCCGUGGUUGCACUGGGCGCCAUCUUUACUGUCAUCCUCUACAUCUUCCAGAGGAGCAUUCGUGAGAUGAAGCGGCUGGAGAACGUGACUCGUUCUCCCUGCAUCUCUCUCACUACCUCCGUCAUCCAGGGCCUCAGCACCAUCCACGCUUAUGACAAAAGCACACAGUACACAGAAAAGUUUAAAAUGAUGAACGACCGUAACUCCAAUCACUUCCUGUUGUUUAACUGCGGAACACGUUGGCUGUCCUUCUGGCUGGACUUCCUGUCUGCCUCGGUUACUCUGAUUGUGGCGUUGUUUGUAGUGCUCAGCGACAACCAUGUGAUCAAUCCUUCACUCAAGGGUCUGGCCCUAUCGUAUACCAUACAGUUGACAGGCAUGCUACAGUACGUCGUGAGGCUCUCUACGGAAGUGGAGGCGAAGUUUACGUCAGUGGAGAGACUGCAGGAGUACAUCACGGGCUGCGUGUCCGAAGCGCCGCGCAGAGUGAAAGGCGUCAGCGUCCCAUCCGGCUGGCCACAGGAGGGCGCGAUCACCUUUAAGAACUACAGCAUGAAGUACAGAGAGAACACACCCAUAGUGCUCGAUCAGCUCGACCUCACAAUCAACCCCCGAGAGAAACUCGGCAUCGUGGGGCGCACCGGCUCAGGUAAAUCUUCACUGGGCGUGGCUCUGUUUCGCUUGGUGGAGCCAGCAGAGGGCACUAUUCUGAUCGACAGCUUGGAUAUCUGCACUUUGGGCCUGCAGGACCUUCGCAGUCAGCUGUCCGUCAUCCCACAGGACCCGGUCCUCUUCAUCGGCACUGUCAGGUAUAACCUCGACCCAUUUAAUAAUCACACGGAUGAGGAGAUCUGGAUGGCUCUGGAGAAAACGUACAUGAAAAAUGCAAUCUCUAGUUUGCCACAGAAGCUGGACUCGGCGGUCGUGGAGAACGGCGAGAACUUUUCUGUAGGAGAGAGACAGCUCCUGUGCAUGGCCAGAGCACUGCUUCGCAAUUCGAAAAUCAUUCUGCUGGACGAAGCGACGGCGUCUAUAGACUCCGAGACAGACGGUCUGAUCCAGCACACCAUCAGAGACGUCUUCCAGCACUGCACCAUGCUCACUAUAGCACACCGCAUCAACACCGUGCUCGAGUGUGACCGCAUCCUCGUCAUGGACAAGGGCAAGGUUGUUGAAUUCGAUCGGCCGCAGGAUCUCAUGCAAAAACCAGACUCUGCCUUUGCGUCACUCUUAGCAGCAGCCCAUAGCGUCAACUCCUGAAACACACACACACACACACACACACACACACACUGAUCUGCACAGAUUUCCUGUGGUCUGCUCAUCAUUAACUCGGUCAGGAGUCAGCUUUACACACUCUGUUUAUACAUAAACCCUCAGCAGAUGGGAAUGAGACAAUAACAGUUUCUGAUGAUCAGAAACAGUUCAAUACGCUUAAAGAUGUACUAAAUAAACUCCUCUGCUCCUUUUUACUUCUUAUAUAUAUAUAUAU